AUGGGUAGGCGUAAGAGGCUAUGCAUCACCUCAACUGAUAUCCCUAUUGACAGUGAGAUACAUGAUCAAAGUUCUGAGUUUUCUGCAACUGAUAUCCCUACUGAAGGAGAUCAAUCAGGUCAUCCACAAACUACUGGAGGCCAGUCUACUGCUGAAGAACACAGCUCUACUGAAGGAAGCCAAUCAGGUGCUCAAAAGAAGGUAAGGGGUUAUACUCAAAAGACCGAGACAUGGAACAUGAGUAGCUCCCAAAAAAUAGUAGUGACAUUUAAUAGGUUCGGAAAACCGGUAGGAGAUGAAGGAAAUGAACUCGUACAAUACCUUGGGACCCUUGUGAGGAUGGCUAAUCAUGUCGGAAUAGAUUAUGAUGAUUGGCCAAGUUUGUUAUUCAUCCGGCUGAAACAAGUGAAAUCAAGAAAUGGAUCCUUUUUAGCAUGGGGAAAAUGGAGGAAUUGGAAAGGUUCACUAAAAGCACGUGCAUAUGAUUCAAGUCUUACAAUCGAUCAAAUUGUGGUACAACAAACUGAGAAAGAUAACAGGGUGAACCUAACUCAGUUUAAAAAACUUGUUACUUAUUGGUUUACUCCAGAAUAUCAGGCAUUGAAGAAUGGUGUAUACCCAACACGAGGACAAAUAUAUGUAAAAACCCGCACUCAUAAAAAUGGAAAUAUCGUGAAUGAAAAAGUCGCUCAAGUUAUGAGUUCCCUACAAGCCACUGCAAGCGAUUCCUCAAAUACCCAAGGAUCAAGUAUCCUAGGAUCUGUAGAUGAUUUUUCAAAUGCUGACUACUCUAAAGUUAAAGGUCCUGAAAAAAGAGGGUAUAUUAGAUGUGUUAGAAGGAUGCCUACCGUAAAAGAGAAGGUUGUUUCUUGUUCUAAUGAUCCGACUGUCGAGCAACUAAAAAUAUGGUGA